AUGCGCACCAAGGGCGGCGGUCGCCACGUGGGGCCCUCGAGGGAAGGCGCACACGCCGCACGGGAGCUGUCACUAGAGCGCAUCGUCAAGUCGCGCGUCACGAAGAAACGGGACCCGCGCACGCCACAGCUUCCGGCGGGCGCGGGCAAGCGGGCGUCGGCGCUGCGUCCCCAGGACAAGUGGGGGGACAAGGGCGGCAUCUGGGCGGCGCUCCAGCAGCGCGACAAGGAGGAGGAGGAGAAUGACAAGCUCCUCGCGAAGCUCAGGGCCCAGUACGCAAAGCAGCAGGAGGCCGAGGCCGAGGGCGUCGCGUCGGAUGCGCUCCUGGCGCACCGCGGCGGCGUGCGCGGCCCCGGCCCGCUGCCGGAGAGCGAGGACAUCGGGGCCGACCUGAACGUGCUCGCGGAGCUGGCCAGCCCGCUGAUGGUGCUCGCGGAGCACGCCAGCCUCCAGAAGAGCAAGGAGGAGGCGGCCGCGGCGGGCCUGGAGGACCUCCUGCAGGCCGCGGACCACGUGGCGCCGAAGAAGGAUGCCCGCACGGGCGCGCGGGGCGGCGCGGCGGGCGCGGGCCGCGGACGCAAGGGCGCCCGCGCGACGCCCACGGCGCGGAAGUCGGCAUCGCGCGCGUCCGGCGCGGAGGCGCGGCGCGGCGAGGCGCGUACGAGGAGGCGCGGCCGCUGCUGGACCGGGCGGCCGCGGCGCCGCCGGAGCAGCCCAAGCACCGCCGGAAGGCGCGGCCGCAGCGCGUGGUGCCGCUGCGGCGCCGGCUGCAGCUCCUGGGGAGCACGGGCGCGGCGCUCCGGCGGCUGGAGGCCGGCGACGCCGACGAGGGCCUGCUGGACAGCCCCGAGGGCGGGGAGGCCGGGGCGGAGUGCCACGCGCGGCUGUCGCACGCGCUGA